UCAGCAUACAACAACAAAAAAUGGCGAUGACAAACAAAUUAACCAUAACACUUGUCCUUCUAAUCUCCAUAGCUUUUUUCCACUGCUUAGCCUUCCGUUUGGAGUUCGAAGAAUUCGAGCCACGGCAACAGCAAGAGGAACAAGAAGGUCCUGGUGCCGGUCAUGGUGGCAGCUCUGGCAGAGGAUGGGAAGAAGAGGCGACGAACAAUCCGUACCACUUCAAGGAGAGGAGUUUCAAGAGCUGGUUUCAGUCAAAGGAAGUAGGUUAUAUGAAAAUGUUACCUAAGUUCACUAAACGCUCAUCCACUCUCUUCCGUGGAAUCGAAAACCACCGGUUCAUGUUCAUGGAGAUGGAGCCUAACACUUUUCUUGUGCCUCACCAUGUGGAUGCCGAUUUCGUCUUUAUAGUCCUACAAGGGAAGGGAAUGAUUGGUUUCGUGACGGACAAGACAAAGGAAUCGUUUGAAAUAAAGAAAGGUGAUGUGGUGAGAGUCCCUUCAGGCGUCACACACUUUUUCACAAACACUAACGAGACUGUUCCUCUCCGCCUAGCCAAGAUCGCCGUCCCAGUCAACACUCCUGGCCACUUCCAGGCUAACUUCCCUAGUCGAUCCAAAUUUCAGCAAUCCUACUUCAGUGGGUUUAGCAAUGAUGUACUCUCUGCCAGUUUCAACAUACCGGAAGAAUUGGUAGGAAGUUUGAUUAGGGGAUCACAACAAAUGGGACAAGGGAUUAUACGAAGAGUUUCUCCCGAACAAAUCAAGGAACUUACAGAACACGCUACCUCUCCUUCAAACAAACACAAAGAGAAAGGCAAAGGCAAAGAAAAAGACACGAGCACGAUGUGGAACCCUUUCAAUAUCUUUAAGGAAGAUCCAAUUUACUCCAACGACUUUGGCCAUUUACACGAAGCACAUCCUAAGAAGUUUAGUCAACUCCAAGACCUUGAUAUCUCCGUUUCUUGGAUCAACAUGACACAGGGAUCUUUGUUCCUUCCUCACUACAACUCUAAGACAACCUUUGUAGUGUUCGUGGAGAAUGGUUGCGCCCGAUUCGAGAUGGCUAGUCCAUAUACAUUCCAAGGAGAGCAACAACAACAGCAAAAACCGUGGUUUGAACAAGAACAAGGAGAAGAACAAGAACAAGAAGAAGAAGAAAUGAGUGGACAAGUACACAAGUUUGUGUCACGCGUGUGCAAAGGCGAAGUUUUUAUCAUUCCGGCAGGUCAUCCAUUCGCUGUUCUCGCACAAGAUCAAAACUAUGUCGCGGUAGGUUUUGGUAUCAAUGCGUUCAACAGCAAAAGAACGUUCCUUGCAGGGCAAGAGAAUAUGCUGAACAACCUCGACAAGGUGGCGACGAGGCUGAGCUUUGGUGUGGGAAGUAAAAUGGCGGAGAAGUUGUUCACGAGCCAAAACUAUUCCUACUUUGCUCCUACGGAUCGUAGCCGUCAGUUUCCAGAGAAACGCAAGCCAUCGUUCCAAUCAAUCUUCAACAUAGCCGGUUUUUGAGAAUGCAUCUACACUCUUUAAGAAAGAAAGAAGAAACAAAAGGUUUUAAUCAAUGUGAAUGUCUUGAAGAUGUAAUAAUACGGUGACGUUCUGUAACUUCUUCUGUUUACCGAGUUUCUUGAGUUUGUACAUCGUUGUAACUUGUAACGGAUUUCCUCUGUUUUAUAAAUAAUAAAACCUCCGUCUUUGGUUA